AUGUAACCAUUUUUCGUUAUUUUUCUUUCAGUAUCUCAGCGAUUGUGAUGAGAUUAUCGUGUUCAACGACGGCCGGAUCACGGAAAAAGGCAAACACCGUCAGCUGAUGAACCUCAAUGGAGAAUAUGCUAAUCUCAUCCUGAACUUUCACGAGGAUGAGGAGGACGAGGAAGAUGCUGACCUGAUUGUCGAGCAGGAGGACGUGGUGAUCGAGACAGAAAGUCCCCUGCAAAGGAACCCCUCUGUACAGCGGUCACUAAGAAGGAGGGAUUCCAAACGUGCGUCACAGAGGUCGUUCCAACGACAGGAUUCCGUCCGUGGCUCCAUGAACUUGAAGCGGUCCUACAGUAUCCGGUCCGUCCACAGCACCGCCAGCGAGACGGCCGGACACAUAGAAGAACCGCUCGAGAGAGAAGACUUGGACCCAGAAUCAGAGGGAAAGAAAGAAGACGGAGACCCACAAAAACUGGUAACCGAAGAGGAGAAGUACAAAGGAACAGUGGCCGGUGCGACGUACUGGUCCUAUGUCAAGGCUGGUGGAGGUGUAAUCGUCUGCACCUUAACGAUGCUCCUGUUCAUCCUGAACACGGCGUCCAUGGUCUUCAGUAACUGGUGGCUGACGUACUGGCUGAACCAAGGAAGUGGGGUACCAUUGAACCAAUCCGACCCGAGCACAUUUAACCUGACCGAGAACCCGAGGUUGAACUUCUACAUCCUGAUCUAUGGCAUGACUGUGGUGGCCAUGCUGGUGAUCGCAGUUAUCAAGGGCUACUGUUACGUCAAGGUGACUCUCGGAGCUUCUUCGUCGAUGCACGACUCAGUCUUUGCUUCGAUAUUCCGUUGCCCCAUGAAGUUCUUUGACGUCACUCCCACUGGUAGGAUCCUGAACAGGUUCUCGCGAGACUUGGAUGAGAGUAAGUGACGUCACUGCCAUGUUUAUGGUUUCAUU